UGGAAUGCAACGGUCACACAUUAGCGAUUGGUUGACAGCUGUAACUACUACGAAUACUAGCAUUGAGGAAACCGAGCACGGGCAGGUGGAAUUGAGGGACUCAGCAAUACCAGAGGAGGUCACAAGGCAAACAAUAUGGGAAACACGGACUCCAAGUUGAACUUUCGCAAAGCGAUUGUGCAGCUGACGCAGAAGAAUCAGAAGAUCGAUCCCAGUGACGAGCAGUUCUGGGAGCAGUUCUGGCAGGGCCACCAAACGACACUGGAGGAUGUUUUCGCUUUAGUCACUUCCAAUGAGAUAAGACAGAUUCGAAACGAGAAUCCGGCAAACAUGGCCACGCUCUGCUACAAAGCGGUGGAGAAGCUCGCCCAGGCGGUGGAUAGUAGUUGCCGCACACAGGCAGAACAGCAAUGUGUGCUAAACUGCGUUCGCCUGCUGAUCCGAUGCCUGCCUUACAUAUUUGAGGACGAAAAGUGGCGCGAUUUUUUCUGGAGCAGUUUGCCGUCACAGGAAAAGACAAUGCCUUUGGCUCAGUCGCUGUUGAAUGCCACCUGCGAUCUCCUCUUCUGUCCGGAUUUUACUGUCACAGCUACCAGACGCACCGGUCCGGAAAAGGCUGAGGAGCUGGCCAACAUCGAUAGCUGCGAAUAUAUUUGGGAGGCAGGCGUGGGAUUCGCUCAGUCACCACCACACAACGCCUACAUGGAGCGUCGGCGCACUGAGCUCCUGAAGCUCCUACUGACUUGUUUCUCAGAACCUAUGUACCGUUCACCUCAGCAAUCUGAAGAGCCCAACAAAUGGAUAGCGUAUUUUACCUCGGCGGACAACCGGCAUGCCCUACCUUUGUUCACCUCGUUUCUAAAUACAGUCUGUUCGUAUGAUCCGGUGGGAUUCGGAGUGCCCUACAAUCACCUGAUUUUUGCGGAUACCACGGAGCCGUUGGUAGAGGCCUGCCUUCAACUGCUUAUCGUGACUCUUGAUCACGACAUGGUCGUGCAGCAACAACUAACCCAUGCAGGCCAAGCUUCCUACGACGAAGGAAAUUGCGGUGAUAAUUUAUUCAUAAACUAUUUGUCGCGUGUGCAUCGAGACGAGGACUUUCAUUUUGUGCUUAAGGGUAUCACGAGGCUACUAAAUAACCCUUUGGUUCAAAACUACUUGCCCAACUCGACGAAAAGGUUGCAUUGCCACCAGGAACUGUUAAUAUUGUUUUGGAAAAUUUGCGACUAUAACAAAAAGUUUCUAUAUUUUGUUCUGAAAAGCUCGGAUGUUUUGGAUAUACUAAUCCCUAUAUUGUAUCAUCUGAACUAUUCCCGAGCUGAUCAGUCUCGAGUAGGCCUCAUGCAUAUUGGAGUGUUUAUAUUACUGCUUUUGUCUGGGGAGCGCAACUUUGGUGUCCGUUUGAACAAAGCCUACUCUGCUACAGUGCCGAUGGAUAUACCCGUCUUUACCGGUACUCAUGCAGACUUACUGAUAACCGUUUUUCACAAAAUCAUUGCCACGGGGCAUCAGCGCUUGCAACCACUUUUUGACUGCCUACUCACCAUUCUAGUAAACGUUUCACCUUAUUUGAAAACCCUAUCGAUGGUAGCCAGCGUAAAGCUACUGCACCUGCUUGAGGCUUUCAGUACUCCUUGGUUUCUACUUUCGGCACCUAGCAAUCACCACUUAGUCUUCUUCUUGCUGGAGAUCUUUAACAACAUUAUACAGUACCAAUUUGAUGGGAACUCGAAUCUAGUCUACACCAUUAUACGCAAACGUCAUGUGUUCCAUGCCAUGGCGAAUCUCCCAACCGACAUGGCCGGGAUAGCCAAGUGCCUCAGUGGCCGGAAAACAGGCGGGAAGUUUAAUUUACCAAGAGUACCGCAAAGGAGGACGGCAGCAGUGUCACAGGAACUGCCUUCGGCUCACGUGACGGAGGAGUACAACGAAGAGGAUGACGAAGAGGAGGAAGAAGAAGUGGUAAAUGAGGAGGCCAAGGCUGAGGAAGACCUCGAAUCCGAAACGGAGUCCCAUGAUCGGUCUCAGACGGGUGAAAUUCAAGCGGAUGUGCUUACGGCCCAGCCAGCUGAGCCGGGAACGUUGAAAACAUCGUUACUAGACACUCCAGGGAUAGGGCAAAUGACAGAAAGGGAGCAAGCCCAUCCGAAUGACAAGCCCCAGGAUGAAGAAUCGACUGACAUUGUUCCUUAUGACCGGUCCUCAGCGUCCACGCCAACUGGUGAUCGCAAGUCACCUAUAGAACAGUCACGUUUAUCGGUGGCCCAUCGCGGAAGCAUUCGCAUGGUGCCCGGCGAAGGAGACAGGUGGGCACCCACACCCGAAUGGAUCGUUUCGUGGCGCUCGAAGCUACCUUUGCAGACGAUUAUGCGACUUCUCCAAGUGCUAGUGCCCCAGGUGGAGAAAAUCUGCAUCGACAAGGGCUUAACCGACGAGUCGGAGAUUCUCAAGUUUCUGCAGCACGGCACCCUGGUCGGGUUAUUACCCGUUCCGCAUCCGAUUCUAAUCCGGAAGUACCAGGCCAAUGCGGGGACCACGGCCUGGUUCCGGACCUACAUCUGGGGGGUGAUCUAUCUGCGCAAUGUUGAGCCGGCCAUCUGGUAUGACACGGAGGUUAAGCUCUUUGAGAUUCAACGUGUCUAGGUCAGUAAUCUGCAAAACGCAAAUCUUAAAAAUCAAUAGCAGUGACACCGUAGCUCACACGCUUUGGCAUUUAUUGUAGUUAAUUUAUUUAGUGCAUAUUUCAUUCCAAAAUUCUUUGAGAAAAUGAACAAUUCCAUUUACUAAAUUUCGGCUAAAUCGGAUGUCACAUGUUUUACGGUUCUGUGGAAAAAAAGAGGCUUAUCAGUGUAACGACAUAGCGUGAGUUCUUUUUAACUGAUUUGUUAUCGUCUUUUAACAUUUCCCUAUUUUUUUCUAAUUUAUUAAUUUAUUGAGGUUUUAAAGUGUAUUGAGUUGGUAAUUUAGUUUUAAACUAAACUAUUUAUCGGUUAUUAUUUAUUUUGGUCAUCUGUGACAAAAUGUUCCUUGUGCCGUAUUAUUAAUGCUGCUUUGCUUUAUUUAUGUAUUAUUUUAAUUACAAUUUGAGCUCUGUUUUAUUAAGUUACAUCUAAGCCAUUCCCUGCUGCAACCGUAUAUUGUUGUGCAUAAGAUUCUGAUAAUGCGAACCUUCGAAAUAACUUUAAAUUCUUACCUUCCAUACGUCCAUACAUAUAUCCAUUUUGUCUCUUCGUUUUGAACUCAAAAAUACAUACGUUAAUAAUUUCGUUGAAACCAAAAACAGCUUUACUUGCUAUUGUAUGUAAUAGAAAACUUUAGUUGAUUGGAUCUGCUUUUAAAUUAGAGGAAACAGUGUAAUAUUUUAUUGUCUGUGUGCUUACCAUUUGUAAAACUAUAAAAAAAAGUAUAAACAAAAUGCCAAUUAACCAAAAUGGCAAAUAUACAAGUCAGUUGAUACAAAUCUAUAAAAUCUACGAAAUAAAUAAGAAACUAAAAAGGUA